UAAAAACUUGAUGUCUUGAUUAUAAAUUAGUAAAGGCAACUUUAUAUUCUUCAAAAUUAGUUACACAUAAUAUAAUGCCUAACUAAUAAUCAACGAUGUAAAUAUUUAAUACCAAAACAAUCCAGUCCACCUGCUAGUCCAACUAUUACCAAUGGAUGAUUCUAAGAAAUCAAAUAUGAAGUCAUGUUGCAUGCCGAUGUGCGAAAGCACAACACAAGAUGCUCCUAGGAAAAUGUUCUUCCGGGCUCCACCAAAUAUAGAAGUGAGACAACGAUGGUGCAAAAUUGUAGGAAAGAAACUUACACCUUCUUCGUAUGUCUGUGAAGAUCAUUUCAAUUUAGAGGAAGAUACAGAAAACUACACCCAAUAUCGAGCAAUGGUCCUGGGGCAACACACAGAUCAAGUCACAUUAAAAUUAAAAAAACACAUUGUCCCCCACAAGAGUCUUCCCCAACAUCAACCUGAAACAACAGUAGUCUCUUCCACUUGUGAAUUGCGAAUUGAAAGCGUAUACAGUUUAAACGAUAGUGUUGUGACAUCAACAGAUAAAGAAAUGGAUUACGAAGUCACUGAAGUAGAACCGGACAACAAGUCCGUUGAAAUGAUUGAAAUAGAAGAUGAUAAUGAAACAAUAGUCAUCCCAGAUGAUGAGCCUGAGACAAUAGAAAUCGUGGAUGACCCUGAACCAUGUCCACAAAACCCAUCACCCAAACCAAUAAUUUAUGAAGAGGAAGAGGAAGAGUCAGAUGAAGUAGAUUUCUUCUACGAAUCUAAAUAUUGCGAUUACUGCGACAAACUGUUUUCAGACUCUGAUAAAUUUAUUGAGCAUUUACAAUCUCAUUUAAAUAGUGAAGGCAACAUGUGCAUGAUUUGUUUCAUGGGGGUUACUAACCGAACUUUGAUUGCACAUAUGAAUAAACACAAAAACAUGUCUAGUUUGAAGAGGAAUAUAUUGAAUUGUAAAAUAAGGGUCAUGCAUACGUGUCAAAUAUGUAAACAACCGGUUAUUGUACUUAACAAUAAGACUUUGUAUGUGAGGCCGCAUUGCGGGAGGAAGAUGAUACGGUGUGAUCUCUGUCCGAAGAGAUUUUGUGAAGAGAAGGUCUUUGUCAGACAUAUGAAGACACAUGGAUUCCAAAGGCCAGAAGUGUUUGAUACACAAUAUGAGUGUUACAUUUGUAAACAAAUAUUUUUUAAUGUAAACUCUUUAACCAGUCAUAUGACGAUACACAAUGAAGAAACCACAGGCAUUUUUCCUGAUGCACCUGUUGAGCCUCCACUUGACACUAAACCUGAAGUUGAUAAUCUUGUUACAGUAUUUGACAUCGAAGAACAUUACCAAUGCGAUUUUUGCCCAAACACUUUCACUGAUCACUUGCAAUUAAACGCGCACAUGCUAUCAUCACACGCCAGUGACUCCAUCGAUCCUUUACAAGUUGACCUUUCAAGAUUCAAGUGCAACCAUUGCCAAGAAGCGUUCCUGGACGCCAACACUUUAAUAAAACACAUGAUGUCUCAACACACAAACCGAAAGCUGCUUCCAACAGAUCGCAAAUCUAUCAUAAACAGAAUAAUCCAAACCAGUGCUUACAAGUGCACCAGGUGCCCCAAAACAUACAAGAAAAAAGAAGACUUACACAAACACGUCUUGCAAAUGCAUUCCAAUCGUCCAACUACCCCGCGCACCACGGCGACACCAUUUGGGUGCUCCCCUUGCCAAAAGUCCUUCCUCAAUAAAGUGGUUUUGAAGGCCCAUAUGUCUCAAAAUCAUUGUAUAGAGGUUCUGGUUACAAAUGAUGGCAAUUGUUUCAGCAAACAAUUGCAAUGCACUAUUUGCAAAACCAUUUAUCCUCAGAGAAGUCAGAUGGCUAAUCAUUUUAGGAUACACACGUACGAGAAGACUUUUACUUGUCAUAAAUGCAAUAUACAGUGUGUAAAUAAAAGGAGUUUGAUGCUUCAUGUGGGCAUGUGCCGUUGAUAA